ACCUAAAUCCGUUUCUUCACAAGGCAAAAAACGUUGAAGCGUAUUCUGCGAAACGGUUACGCAGGAUCGUACGACACGGAUAUCGGUUUCUAUUAGGAGCAAAUGCCAAAACCGCUAUUCGUUUUGUAAGCUACGGAUUUUUUUUAGAGAGUAGGGGAAUUUAGUUUCCAUAUUUCGUGUGUUACUAAGUCAUGUUAUUUUGCGGUUAAGCUAGUCAACUUCACUUCUGGUUUUAAUAUGGAUCGAAAUAGAAUCCAGAGAAUAGAGAAACUCAUUUAGCUCAAACUUCAACGGUCCCAUUUCUACUCUUAAUCGAGUUUAGUCACUAGGUUUUCCUUAAUAUAUUGUAAUUGCUCAUUUUCGAAAAGUUUUACUGUAGUAUUGAAAUUUAAGCUUGUAUAUAUUUUAGCCAUUAUUGUUUACAAAAUUUUGUGAACUAUUUUAUCCAACAAUGAUUUGUAUUAUCGUUGAUUCCAAAUUAGAUUAUGAUGCUAAUGUACAAAAUGUAUUAAAAUGUUUAUUAUCUGAUAAAAUGUUAUUGGCAUCAGAUCAUCUAGUGAAAAAAGUGUUUCGAUUUGUUACUGUGAAUGACGAAAACACAUUUGAUCAUAAACUAUUUUCUGAUGCCAUGCAAUCGAAGUUAAACGAAAUAAAAAUUUCAGCUGAAAAUGUGUACAAUCAAUUAUUAAAAGAAGAAUUAUCAACAGCGUCAAAAGAAUCACAUAAAAUAUUUUUACGUUCAAUGAAUUUAACCAAUUUAUUACAUUUACAAACAAAGUGUGACAUCUUGAAAAAGAAACUAAGCAUUGAAGAGUGUCUACUAUUUAAAUAUCACGACAAUAUCGACAAUCAUUUUUCACAGCAACUGAUAGACGAUGUGACACGAACAGCACAUAAUGCAUACAAUUUAAUUGAAUUAGAUGAGUGUUUGGAAAAACAGAAUAUUAAUGAUAUGACAGAUACGGUGAAAAAAAUUGUUGAUAAACUUCACUUAACCGAAAACAUACCAAAAACUUUCGAUCAUAUUAACCUUGCACAAACAUAUAUAGCACAAAAACUCAUAACACAAGGUGGUCUUCUUGUUCAACAUCAGUACGUUUCGAAUUUAGAAUGGUUUUGUCAUACAAUAAACACACUCUUAAACAUGAAAGCUCAUAAACGUGUAACAAAUGAUCAAACUGUACUAUCUGUCGAACAAUUUAGUGCUGUUGGACAAAACGCUACAUUUUUAACAUAUCCCGAUCUUAUGAAAGAAAUUGGCAAAGAUUAUAUUCAAUUUUUUCAAACUGUUUUUGAUACAUGGAAUAUUAUGUGUUCAUUCACAACAAAUAAUGAAACAAUCAUUGUACCUUCAACUGCUGUACCAUCAAUGCUUACAGUACCAUUGUUUGUUCGACAUUCACGAAUACAAUCAAUAUCCAAUAAAUUGUAUUUGAGAAUAUUAAACUUAUUAUUUCAGGACACUGUUUGGUCAACCAAUUGGAAUAAUGAAUUAGAAUCAGUGAUCAUUUUCGAUCUGAUUCAACCGUGCGAUGAAUCUAUAUUAUUUAUACUUUAUAAUAGUUUACCAUGUCAAAAACUAUUAUUAGCAUCGACAAACCUUUUACUCAUACAAGAUGGUGCAAUUGAAAUAUUAAUUCGAUUACAAACGUCCAAACGGUUACUUCUUCAAUGUCGCACCAUAGAUCUCUAUCGUGGUGAUGAUGGUGUAUCGACCAAUUCAGUAGCUUCACAAUUAAAUGAAGAAAUGUUAAAUUAUAUAUCGCGAGAAUAUUAUAUUUUAAUUUGGACCCUACUGUUAAAACUUGAUUAUGCAUUUACAAUCGUGUUAGAAAAUGAGAAUUUUAAAAAUGAAGAAUCAACUUUUCAUCAAUGGUCAAAUAUUUCUCUCUAUCAUUAUUUUAAUUCAUCACAAAUUACUGGUAUAUGUUCAUUGUGUGGAUUAACACCAUCAGCUUCUAAAUCACUCUAUGAUGCAUGUUCAACAUUAGCACCGUUAACGAAAUUAGAUUUUGUUAAUCCUGACAAACGUGGUGAUGGUUCGAUAAGUGAAACUAAUAUGAUAAUGAAAUUGUACAUAACUGACAAACAAAUUGAAUAUUGCUCACGAUCAUCAUUGCGUCCUGAUGGAUGUAAUGCAUUUGAAUUAACAAUAUUAGGUGGCAAAGAUGAGCAUGAAGUUUUAAAUACAAAUAUUCAAAUAGGGUGUAGCGUAAAAAAUUUUGGCAUAGAAUUAGAUGAAAAAAUAUCAUUUAUCUAUGGAGAAAUAAAAAUAACAUUCCAGGAUGCUCAUACCAAACUUUUGAAUCAAAUAAAAAAUGCUGCUGGUUUUGUCCAGAAGACAAAAUGGCAGCAAAACAAAAUGGAAAAAUCGGGUAGCACCUACGACGGGGGAAUUUAUCAUGGAUUAAAACUUCGAAUUGAAAUGAUUUUAACUCAAACUGUCAAUGUAUUUGAGUUCAUAUUCUACAUCAAUAACUUGCCAUGGUCACGUCAAACAUAUAAAAAGAAGUCAACGAAAUCAAUAUUUCAACCAUAUUUUAGCUAUGUGACAUUCGAAAGUACAAGUGUGAAACAAUUUUCAAUUGCUAUUCAUUAUCCAAGAACAUCGUUGGAUUUAGAAGUGAGACAAGACUUCGACAAGGUAGUGUCAACAAAGGGAUUCAAAAUAGGCAUGCGUUUGGAAGCAAAAGAUCGAAAGAAUCCGUUUAUAUUAGCUAUAGCAAAUAUCACUGAUGUACACGAUGAUAAUAGUAUAACGAUUAACUUUGAUGGUUGGGGCUCGAAUUUUGAUUAUACCGUUGAAAUGGAUAAUGCCGAUCUUCAUCCGGCUGGCUAUUGGGAAUACGUACAACGAGUGCUAUAUAAAAAUGUGGUUAUGAAUCAACCACAUGCACAUUUUACGUUUAGUCGUUUUGAUCCUCCAAAGUCCUAUGCAAAAGCCUUCUCAUGGCGAAAUUAUUUAUCGGAAAUUGAUGCUGAACCUGUAUCGUACGAAUGUUUUUCAUACGCUCAAAAUGAAGGUAUGCCGAUUGAUUUUUUCCCAUUUGGUGAAACAAAACAAGUUUUUACAAAUUCAUCAUGUCGACAUUUGCACAAUCCACGAAUUAAAUAUCAAAAAUUAUUCACGUAUGUUCAAAAUGAAUUAGUUAAUCAAUUAUUAACUCAACAUCGAAUAGAAGAUUCAACGAUAGCAUUAACGAUAUCAACAAGUCGUGGCUUAGUUUUGUUACCAACACAAUUUGAUAGUCUGAACAUUUUAAAAUAUCCAUGUCUAAAAAAAUUUAAAGAUGAUUUAAGAUUACAUAUGACAUGUAAUCAUCGAGAUAUGUCACCUGUUGAUAAUAAACUCAUUGUAUCUAGUAGUCAUUUGUUGGAUACCAAUGGUAUUAGAAUAGAGAAACAAGAUUUGAAUGAUGAAAUUAUCACAUUAGCAAUGUUAACAGCGUUGGAUCUUUCUCAUAGCCGACGUCGUACAAUAUCACCAUCAACGACAAAUAUAAUCACAGUAGCAUUAUCCAAUAAUAAUAAAUUAUUCAAUGAUUUUUGUCUUCGUCGUUGGCUUGAAUUUAGUGCCAUAAUAAUGACUUAUAAUUCACCAUCAUUUUUUAUAUCUAAAUUAUCACCCAGUUUCUUGACGGCUGGUAAUACAUGUUAUUCUGAUUUAAAAUUAUACGAUAACAUAUUAGACUAUAUGACAUCAAUAUCCAUUGAUUCAUUAUUACAACAUGCACGAAAAGUAUUAAUAGAAGAAUGUCGUUUUUUUGGUUCAAAAGGUGAAUGUUAUUAUUGUAAUCUAUUUCGUUUAACACAAUUACAAACAACAUUUGAUAUACCAAUUAAAACUCGUCUUGAAUUAGUUGAAAAAUAUGAUUCAUCAAUAUUUUAUUUUGAAUUAAACGAAAAUAAAGAUCAAAGUAAACUUAUUUUAGAUGAUGCAUUUUUUGAACGAUUUAAUUCAUUAUGUUUUAUUGAUAUAACAAAUGUUAAAAUUGAACGUUUAACAUUGAAUAAUCGAUAUUCACAUUAUUUAAAUGAUUUAUGUUUUAUACGUUUAAUAAACAAUAAUUUACAACAGUUGAAUAUUGAUUUUAGUCGAUUACCAAAUUUAACAACAAUUCUUCUAAGUAAAAAUCCACUAUCAACAUUACCACGCCACUUUUUAGCCAAUAAAAAUUUAAAUAGAGUCGAAUUAAAUGAAAUGGGAAGAUUAUAUGAAAUUGAAUCAGACAUCGAAUUUUCAUCUGAAUUAAAAUCAAUCAAAUUUACCAAUAGUGUAUUAUCAACACUACCAGAUAAACUUUUAACGACAAGUAAAAAACUAACAGAACUCGUUGCUAGUGGCACACAAUGGUGGUCAGCAACUACUGGAUUAAGUAAAGGUGAAGUGGUGAAAUAUGAAACGUUUGAAGCUGCCUAUUUAUGGUAUAUGGAUUCCGAUGAAUUAACGUCUAUCUAUCAUCUCUAUGAUAAUGAUGCCAAUGGUGUGAUUGAUUCAGAUGAGCUUAAUUUAUUAAAUGCUCAUUUAUACAAAUUCCUCCCUAGAUUUCGACCAUCCAUGAACACAAAACAGCUUCAAGACAAUUCUGGUCGUGCAUCUGUUGAAGGUCAGAUUACCGUCACAAAUGAUAACGAAUCAAUAAUAACUAAUUUAUCUGGUAUUCCACCAAUUAUAUUUCAAUUAAAAAAUUUGCGAAUCUUGAAUCUCGACUAUCAAGGUAUCAAAUGUAUACCAGAUGAAAUAGAAUCAUUGAAAUAUUUAGAACGAUUAGAUCUGAAUUACUGCAUCGAAUUGGAAACAUUAAGUCCACAAGUAGGACUCCUCCCAUUGAAAGAAUUAAAUCUCAGUGGAUGUUAUUCACUGAAAACACCACCGAAUGAAAUUCUUCGGCGUGGACAUGCAAAAACAAUGGCAUUUCUUCAACGACUGAUUAGCGGUUCGGUAUCGUGUAAACGAACAAAACUAAUGAUGGUCGGAUUGGGUGGAGCGGGUAAAACAAGUCUAGUACGGUCCUUUCUGUCACAUAAUUCGGAAAAUCCACCACAAGUAACAGACGGUAUUGAAAUUCAGAAAUGGGAAGUAAAAGGUGACAGUAGUGAAGAUGUACUGGAAUUUUCAGUUUGGGAUUUUGCUGGACAAAGUGUCUAUUAUCAUACACAUCAGUUUUUUCUUGCAAAAAAAGCAGUGUAUGUUCUUGCAUGGAAUAUUCGACUAGGUGCUGAACAUGCUGGUUUAGAUUUUUGGCUUAGUUCAAUUUGUUGUCAUGCACCACAUGCUCCCAUCUUUGUUGUUGGUACACAUGCUGAUCAAGUAAGAAUAUUGCAAGAUGAGUUUAAACGUCGGUAUCCUCAAAUUGUAAAUUUUUUUUACGUGAGUACGGCCACAAAUCAAAAUAUGCCCGAGUUUAUUGACUCAUUAAUAAGUACAACAUUAGCAUUACCCUACAUGGGUGAACAAAUUCCAUCAGCAUGGUUAAAUCUUGAAUCAUUGAUUUCGAAUUUGGAAGAGGAUAUUUUAGAAUAUUCGGCAAUUGAAGAUCUUGCACGUGAUGCGGGUAUAUUUGAUGCUAGUGAAACACUUCAAGCGGUUCAAUUUUUACAUGAUCUGGGUUCAGUUCAAUAUUUUUCAUCUGAAUAUUUAAAACAUUUUGUGGUCAUUAAUCCACAAUGGAUCGUCAAUGUUAUGGCGUGUAUUGUUUCGAUCAAAGAUAAUAAUGAAUUGCAGGAUGGACGUUUAUUUCACAAGGAUAUGUCAAUUAUAUGGCAUGAUUAUGAUGAGAAUUUGCAUUCAUGGAUGUUGAAAUUGACAGAAGCAUUUGAUUUAACAUUUCCUGUACCCGAUCAAAAUAUGAAUUUAGUUCCUUGUCUAUUACCAGAAGAAGAGCCCGAAUAUGAAUGGAAUGAGGAUUUAACGGAUACUGGCAUGAAAGAAGUGAAAGUUGUUUAUACGUUCGAUUACUUACCGGGUAUAAAUAGACUGAAACGCUCUCAUAAUUAG